UACGAAUUGCUUCGAUGCUCUGGACCAAAGUCGCCGUUAGCUGUUCAGUAAUCCGAAUGAAUAAUAUCUAGGCAGCAAUGGUUUGGUCUUAGAUGAGCCUUCUCACCUCUUAUCAGCCACACUGAAGUUUUCGGAUCUUCGACGCGUCUUUCAGUGCUGCCAGCAAAGAGACCGAGCGAAUCUAAACCCGAAUGACGCGUUUUAUUCUUUCAAAGGUGUCGUCAAUGGCUUCCCAAUCCGAGUAAUAAACAUAGGAGCAUGGUUUUGGGGCCGCUACACGUUCGAUCUCUGGCAGCAGGGUGUGAAUUCAUUCCCAUUACGCGGAGCCGAGACCCCUUGUACAUGAACAAAUUCGCUGGUUUGGCGACAAUCGCCUUCAAUCGUGGACAUAAAUGAGAUAGCCCCUCAUUGGUUGGAAUUGCGGCGGUAUCGGCGAACCCUUCGAUAGGCGAGAUGAUCAAGGGUACGGUAGGGGGACAUGUCUCCUCAUUGAGGGAUGUCAAUCGACCAUCACGCAAGAGAAGGCGUCGAUACCCAUCUACCUCCAAUCGUGGUCCAAAUCUGGAGACCUCCGGCGUGCAAAGUUAUGACAAGGAAUCGGGUACUGUGUACUACGAGACCGAAAUCCUCGCCCCUACAACGAUGAAUGGAAUGGAAUCAUGGAUAGAUGAGUCCUGGGGGAGCCGCUAUGGUUCGCUCUAUGCGAAACCAGCGCAUAAAACCGGGGUAAAUACGUUAUCUGCCUUGGCAGCGAACUGCCUGGCGGCCAAUUUACGUUACCUGGAUCUCGAAGUUCUCCAAGCCAUGCCGGAACACCUUGUGCGGACCGUAUGGGAGUGUGCGACCAAAAGCGAUAGCGACUCUCUUCGAACAUGGGCCUUAUUCAUCAGCGCCUAUGGCAGCUUCGAUGGUAUCUCAAGGACUAGAGCCGAGAAACUUGAUCGUUCUAUCGACUUACGUUUGGUAUUGAGCGGAAUAUGUCGCAUCCUCACAGAUGUUUCAACUGCUCCAGAGGCAACGAUAUUCAAAGCAGCCUCCCGGCCAUCAUGCCAAUCUCCGAUGGUCUUAGCUAGCCUGGCACCAAUUACAGGCUUUCCUUUUAUGACAUUCCUGGACCUUAAGCUCCGAUCCACACUCCCCCAUGGAACGAGUGAGACCAUCCAAGCACUGGCAAAAUUGCCGAACCUGUUGGUUCUUAGAAUCCGUAGCGGCCAUAGACUGAUCGACGACCGUGUCCUCACAGGUUGGGCAAGAUCCUCUCAAGAAUCACGCGGUUUUCCAUCACUGCGAGUCUUCUUGUUACAGAGUCCCUACAGCGUGACCUCACUUGGCCUCACAAAUCUCCAGUUGCUGCCAAAACUGAUCGGCCUGUACCUAUAUUACCAGACAUGGGACGAGCCACCAGUGAGCGCUGCCGCGACCAAGAACAUCUGGGUGCCGGUACAUAAGGAAGACUACUCCCAAUUCCUCCCACCUCACUCAUCCCAGAGGAACCGUGACCUCAGGUGGAGGGAAGACACGCUGUCCGAGGAGUUGGUUGCAUUUGCAAGAUGCGCCAUGGACAUGAACCGAGACGUCUUGCAAGCGGAGGAGGACUGGGCACGCGACUUCGACAAAGCGAUGGCGGUGGUGAAAUGGAACGAUAAAUCGUUAGAGGGUUUCCGAUCCGAGCUCGGAUAUAGGGGAGGGGAAAGAUAUUUGAGCUUAACCCUUGGGGACUGGUAUGUGCGAAAAUUCGACGCGCGAAGGAAUGAAGGAUCAGUCAUACAUGGGAUUGUUCCUGAGAGGAAUCCUCAUGGCGACUCGUUGCGGAAACGACCGAAACUGCGUCAAGGAAAGCAGCCGAUGGAUGUCGAGGAAUUUUUGGGCGCGUAAGGUGUGGUGGUUACCAUAUUCCCAGUGUAUCAUAUAAUCGUAUCGACCUCGGCGGUUCAUCAUUCGGGUUCCUAAUGGCAAGGCUGUGUGAUCGUGUCCAACCUCCAACGUCCACGUUCGAGCAA